AUGGCGCAGAUCCCUAACUUGGAAAAUGCUCCUCUCAAUCUCAAAUCCAUUAGGGAGAAGUCUCAGAGGGAGCUCGUAAACUUGCUUAAAGACAUUCGUGGAAAUAAAUGUCUAGUUAUUGAUCCAAAGCUCAGUGGUUCUGUCUCAUUGAUCAUCCAGACGUCUGCCCUCAAGGAACUUGGUUUGGAAUUACGACAUCUUUCUGCAGAACCAGUUCAGACUGAAUGCACGAAAGUGAUUUAUCUCGUUCGCUCUCAACUCAGUUUUAUGAAAUUCAUAGCUUCUCACAUUCAGAAUGAUAUUUCAAAAGCGAUUCAGAGAGACUACUACGUUUACUUUGUUCCUCGUAGGUCUGUUGCGUGUGAGAAGAUUCUCGAGCAGGAAAAAGUGCAUAACCUGGUUACCGUAAAGGAGUUUCCCCUGUAUAUGGUUCCACUAGAUGAGGAUGUGAUAUCAUUUGAGCUUGAGCUCUCUGAAAAAGAUUGCCUUGUGGAUGGUGAUGUGAGCUCACUUUGGCAUGUCGCGAAAGCCAUACAUGAGCUCGAGUUUUCUUUUGGAGUUAUAUCGAAAGUGAGGGCAAAGGGCAAAGCAUCAGUUCGUGUUGCAGAUAUACUUAGCCGCAUGCAAGUGGAGGAACCUGUCAAUUCGAAUGAUGUAGGAAGACCGGAAGUGGAUACACUCAUUAUAUUGGAUAGAGAGGUUGACAUGGUUACUCCAAUGUGUUCUCAGUUAACUUAUGAGGGACUGUUAGAUGAGUUUUUGCAUAUCAGUAAUGGAGCUGUGGAGAUAGACUCAUCUGUGAUGGGUUCUCAGCAGGAGGGGAAAAAGAUGAAAGUUCCCCUCAAUUCAAGUGAUAAAUUGUUCAAGGAGACAAGGGAUCUCAACUUUGAAGUCGUUGUACAGGUUCUACGGCAGAAGGCAACAACCAUGAAGGAGGACUACACUGAAAUUAAUUCUACCCAGACAGUUUCUGAGCUAAAGGAUUUUGUCAAGAAGCUUAACUCAUUACCAGAGAUGACAAGGCACAUACAUCUUGCACAGCACCUGACAACGUUCACAUCCAAGCAAUCCUUUCUUUCGAAACUUGAUAUGGAACAGACACUUGUUGAAGCAGAAAGUUAUGACAUAUGCUUUGAGUACAUAGAAGAGAUGAUUCAUAAACAGGAGCCUCUCACUAAUGUUCUACGUCUAUUAGUCCUGUUUUCUGUUACAAACUCAGGGUUACCAAAAAAACAAUUUGAUUAUAUAAGAACGGAACUACUCCACAGUUAUGGGUUUGAGCAUGUGGUCGCAUUGAACAACCUGGAAAAAGCAGGAUUGUUGAAGAAGCAGGAGUUUAAAAGCAACUGGCAAACCAUAAAACGUACAUUGAAACUUAUAGUUGAAGAUACUGAUACGUCUAGGCCGGAGGAUAUCGCUUAUGUCUAUUCUGGAUAUGCUCCGCUUAGCAUUCGUCUUAUCCAACAAGCUAUUCAUUCUGGAUGGCGUCCUAUGGAAGACAUUUUGAAGCUGUUGCCAGGACCUCAUCUAGAAACUAAACGAAGUGGAUUCCCAAGUAGUCCAUCAGUUGAUUCACUGCAUGGAGCUUCAAAUGGGGUUGCUGAUGGAAGACGCUCAAUUAUUCUUGUUGUCUUCAUUGGAGGUGUAACAUUUGCUGAAAUCUCUGCUUUACGGUAUCUCGCCUCAAAGGAAGGAAUGGCUUAUGAUGUGAUUAUCGCCACAACAAAAAUCGUCAAUGGCUCUACAUUGAUAGAAACAUUCAUGGAAAAACUAGGCUGA